AUGCUUAAUUCCCCUAUUCUCACAGACAUUCCUCAGCUGACAGUGAGUUCUACAGUCAUCAGAGAGACAGAAUCAGUUCAGCUGAGUUGUGAGACUCCUCCCUCUCUCCCUGUGUCUCACUGUUACUUCUACAUAGAGGGGGGGAAGAUUCUUCCAGACUCAUCGUGUACGCAGACAAUAACAGGAACUGAGCUGCUCAAGAGGUCUGGUCAAACAUUUCCAGCUUUGGUCAAAGUGACGUGUUACUAUGCUGUAUGGAAGUCUCACACAUCUCCUUUUAGUAACCCUGUCUCAAUCACUGUUCAGGAUCCAAAACCAGACAUUAGAGUCAAUUUUGAUGGGUACUUCAACAUCAUCUGUUUGAUUCCUGGAUCCGUCAGUCCUGACACCACCUGUAACCUGUAUGUUGGAGAGCAGAGUCAGCCAUCCUUCACAGCAAAGAUCUGGAAAAGAAAACCCCUCUCAGCUUCCAAACAGUGGUUCUGUAGAUUCAUUGUAACUGAGAGUGACCUGAUCAGUGGUCUACAGUCAGUGAGGAGUAAGGAGGUGAGCUGUGACUACAGAGUGAGCUCAGGACCAAACUCUCUCUCACCACAUAGUGAUGGGAAAAGCUUUGCACAUCUGGUGGGAGUUCCCAUCAGUGAUCCAACAACUAUACAGACACCUUCUAUAGCAGAAACCUUACUUGUCAUUCUGACUCCUCAUUCUACUGAAUCAACUGCACCACUCACCAUAACCUCUGAGAUCUCUACAGGAAACACCACUGACCCCACACUGACUCCAAUGGGGAUAGAUCUGGUGGGAGUUCACAUCAGUGAUCCAACAACUAUACAGACACCUUCUAUAGCAGAAACCUUACUUGUCAUUCUGACUCCUCAUUCUACUGAAUCAACUGCACCACUCACCAUAACCUCUGAGAUCUCUACAGGAAACACCACUGACCCCACACUGACUCCAAUGGGGAUAGAGCCACUUGAUUUCCUGUGGCGUCACAUCCUCACUGUGUUGGUUCUACUGGCUACCUGUGGAGUAAUUAUACACUAUGUCUUCUCCCAUCAAUACCCUAAAGCUGUUCCAAAGAGAAGCAGGAGGGUGGAUCAGAGCAAUGAAGACUUUUCCUUGACAGUGUGCUAAAUCACUGUGCAUACCUACAAACAUACACGCAUGCACACACACACACACACACACACACAUACAGACAGACACACAAACGUAUUUUUACAUUCCAUUUAUUUUUUUUACGUUUUAUGCAUCUUUGAGAUUUCUGUGAUUUUUCUUUAGAAAUUGAGUGCAUGAUAGUGUUGCUAGGCAAGUUGAAAACUUAAUGUACAAAGUGUACAUACAUACAUUGACUGUACAAAACAUUAAGAACACCCUCCCCACAGUUUAAAGUAAGUUACUAACUAGUGUUAUGGACAACAAGGUGUUGAAAGUGUUCCACAGUGAUGCUGACUCCAAGGCUUCCCACAGUUGUGUCAAGUUGGAUGGCUGUCCUUUGGGUGGUGGACCAUUCUUGAUACACACGUGAAACGGUUGAGCAUGAAAAACCCAGCAGCGUUGCAGUUCUUGACACAAACAGGUGCGCCGGGCACCUACUACCAUACUCCGCUCAAAGGCACGUAAAUAUUUUGUCCUUCCCAAUCGAUGUCUCAAUUGUCUCAAGGCUUAAAAAUCCCUCUUUAAUCUGUCUCCUCCCCUUCAUCUACAAUGCUUGAAGUGGAUUUAACAAGUAAAAUCAAUAAGGGAUCAUAGCUUUCACCUGAAUUCACCUGGUCAGUCUUUGUCAUGGAAAGAGCAGGUGUUCAUAAUGUUUUGUUUUGUACACAUAUACAUACAUACAUUUGCACACAUACAUUUUUGUUUAACAUCGUUUUCCUACCUUUUCUAUAAUCUUUGUUGAAAUUGACUGCAUGAUAGUGUUGCAGGCAAGUUGCACACAGCAAUGUUAAUUAUUAAAGCUUUUCAAAUAACA